CCAGCCAGAGAGAAAUCAGAGCAGGAGGAGCUGUCCUCAGUGUCUCGCGCAGUUCCACAAGCCGGCAAUGGGAGUCCCCAGAACUAUCCUGCUCUGCCUCUUCGGGGCUGUGUUCUGCCUGACAGCAUCCCAGGCCCGACAAUGCUACAACUUUCAACACAUCUACUUUGGGCCCUUUGACCUCAACGGCAUGAAAUUCCACAAUGUCUCCUGUCCCCAUGGAUGCUCUGAGGCUGUCUUGUCUCUGGACACUGGGUACCGCGCCUCGGUGACCAUGGUGCAGAAGGGCUGCUGGACAGGCCCGCCUACGGGCCGAAUGCUGUCCGACGACCACGCGCUGCCGCCAGACUACUCGGUGGUGCGCGGCUGCGUCACUGACUUGUGCAACACCGACCUCAUGACCCACGACUCCAUCCCCAAUCUGAGCCCCGCGCCCAACCCGCCAACUCUCAGCGGCUUGCAGUGCUAUGCCUGCUUGGGGAUCCACCCGGAGGACUGCACCCCGGAGAAGUCUCGACGGGUCCACUGUCACCAGGACCAAAGCGUCUGCUUCCAGGGCAAUGGCAAAAUGACUGUUGGCAAUUUCUCAGUCCCUGUGUACAUCAGAACCUGCCACCGGCCCUCCUGCACCAUCAAGGGCACCUCCAGCCCCUGGACCAACAUCGACCUGCAGGGCUCUUGCUGUGAGGGACACCUCUGCAACAGGGACUCUGUGACCCAGUCCUUCAGCACUGCCGCGGCCACUGCCCCUUCCCAGGCAGCCCUCGUCAUGGCGCCACUCCUCGUGGUCUCCCUGCUGCUGGGCACUGUGGGAGGACCCCUCACUCCCCUCCCUUAGACAGCUCCUCCAGCCUCUUCCUGAACAGUUUGCUGGGGGUAGGCACGCACCUGCUUCUACAAACGUCAGCCUCUGUAAUGUGGCUCACUGGGAAAUGGUGUCACCCAAGAGUUGCACUCCUGUCUCUCUCGGCCACCACCACGCCCCCUCUUCCCUACCCCUGCCCUGCCCAAACCUGAUCAGCAGGCCUGGGAGAAAUUGGGAAAGGUCCCCAUCAUCCCAGGGUGGGGAGGAACAGCCACAUCCUGGCCCACACGAAGGGCCACCCUGACAAUGGCUCUUACCGAACACUAGUGACACCCUGGCACCCAACGACCCAGUUUCCUCCCCCUGGAGCCAGCGUGGAGCUACAGUGAUGUCUUUAUGCGUAUCAUCACGAGAGAGUUUCGAGAGGCAGCAUAUCCUCGGAGCUAGGAGCUCAGACUCUGGAGCCAGUCUGCAUGGGUUCAAAUCCCAGCUCUACCGUCUAGCCUGGGGUGAGUUACUCAACUUCUCUGCACCUGUUUCCUCACCUAUAAGGCAGAGGCGAUAAUAAAACCUACACUAAUGACAAGCCCUACCUUGCAGGGGUUGUGUUCAGAAUUUAAUGACACGACUGUGGACUACCUCGGACACAAGAGCCACCCAGCAUGGGCUGGGCUAUUAUCACAAAGUCCAUGAGCAAAUGAGAGGUGAAGGCAGGUACUUGCGCCCGUUUAUCUAGUGAAUGGGCAACCGGGAGUGUGACUCCCAGCCCCAUUAGCCGCUAAACAAUGCUACUGCCCAAACACACAGCUGUUGAUGAAUUUGACAGAAAGGCACUUGAGCCGAAGCUGAACCAGGAUAAAUUCUCCAAUCUGUGGAGACUGGAGGAGAUGUCCCGGAAGAAGUGAUUCCUAAGCCAGCUCUUAAAGGAUAAAGAGGUCUUGGCAAAGAGAAGGCGGAGGAAGGGCAUUCCAGGAGGAGGAGACAGCCUGGACACAGAUCCGGAGGGAGGAAGGAACACAGGGCAGGCAGAUGUGUAUACAUAAACAUGGGAUCCCACAGUGUGUCCUCUUGUCCCCGUGCUUUACAAGGUCCUUCCACAUCCUGUCCCCCACUUGACCCUCCCAAUGACCCAGAGAGGCACUCAAGAAAGGGAUUUUCAUCCCCGUUUGGCAGCCAAAUUGCCCAAGACCCAGUCAGAGGCAGUGAUUUUCAGAGUAAGUGGCAAAAGCAAUCCCCACAUCGUCUAAUUUCCUUAAUGAAAAGGAAGUCGUCUCAGAGAUGCUCCUACCUUCCUGUGAGGUCAAGGGGAGACGUGCUCUAGAUGUCUACACAUCCUAACAUAGAAGGAGAAGCUGAAUGUCAAUAUCCAUUCAUUCAUCACAUUUACUGAGCACCUACCGCUUGCCAGGCACUGUCCUAGUUUCCAGGCAUACAACAGUGAAGGAAACAGGCAAAAGUCCCCACCUUCAAGAAACUGACCUUUUUUUUUUUUUUUUUUUUUUUGAGAUUUUAUUUAUUUAUUUAUUUGACCGAGGCAGGGAGAGAGAGAGCAUAAGCUGGGGGAACUACAGAGGGAGAGGGAGAAGCAGGCUCAGCAGGAUCCUGACAUGGGACUUGAUCCCAGGACCCCGGGAUCAUGACCUGAACCAAAGGCAGAUACUUAACCUACUGACCCACCUGGUUGCCCCAAGAAACUGACCUUUCUAGUGUGGAAGGCAGACUUUGGGUUUUAUUACAAAUGUGAUUUGAAGUCAGUCUGAUGUGUCCGCUUGGCUAGGCUCCAUCUCUUAGUCACUCAAAUGCUAAUCUCAGUGUAAGUACGAAGGUAUUUUGUAGAUGUGGAUAUUAUAGUCCCUGCUCAGGUGACUAUGAACAAGGGAGAUUAUCCAAGAUCACCUGGGUGGACCUGGGUCAGCCAGCCAAAAAAUGCCUUAAAAGCAGAGCUAAGAUUUGCCUGAAAGAGAAAUCCACCCGUGGACAGCAUCUUCUGCCGGUGCCCGAGAGCUCCAGCCCACCUCUCCUGCCAGCCUGCCCUGUGGAUUCUGGACUGGCCUGGCCAGCCCACACAAUCACAUAAGCCUUGCCAUAAAUCCUUUAUCUUUAUAUCUCCGGCUAGCUCUGCUUUUCUGGUUGAUUCCAUUCUGAUACAGAAUCUAUUGGAGAAUUUAUAGCAGGGAGAUGCCACAUUUCACAUAAAUACAGGUCAUCUAAUAGUAUAUGUAGACUAUAUUAUUAUGUCUUACGUAGUGUGCACAUAAUGUUAUUAUACAGAUAUAAUUAUAUGUAUAUAAUUACAUAUAAUAUAUAACUUUUUCACUGAAAUGUAAAACAUAGUAAAAUGCGCAAUGUGCCAUUUUUCCCAUGUAAACACCAGUGUAACUUCCACUAGAUCAAGAUACAGAACAUUUCCUGUUCCUGUCCACAAAGCCUUCCCUGUAGCCCUUCACAGGCACUUCUACCAGGAGGGAGCCAUUAUUCUGACUUCUAUCACACAUCAAUUCUGCCUAAUAUUGGACGUCAUAUAAAUGGAGUAUCAUACGGUGUGUCGUCUUGUGUAUGUUUUAAAAAGAUCCCUGUGUCUGGGAAGCUGGGUGGCUCAGUCAGUUAGGGAGACUGUCUUCAGCCCAGGUCAUGAUCCCAGGGUCCUGGGAUGGAGCCCCGCAUCAGGCUCUGUGCUCAGUGGAGAGUCUGCAUGAGAGUCUCUCCCUGUCCCUCUGCCCCUCUCCCCAUUUGUGUGUGUUCUUGCUUGCUUUCUCUCUAAAAUCAACCAAUCAAUAAAAAUUUUUAAAAAAAGAAGUCAGGAUACUCAGUGACUGAAAGAGGGGACAAGGGGAUUUCUGGGAUCUGCUCCCGAGUUUCUUUUCUUUUUUUUUUUUUUUAAGAUUUUAUUAUUUAUUUGACAGAGAAGGACAUAGUGAGAGAGGGAACACAAGCAGGAAGAGUGGGAGAGGGAAAAGCAGGCUUCCUGCUGAGCAGGGAGCCCAACGCGGGGCUCGAUUCCAAGACCCCGGGAUCAUGACUCGAGCCAAAGGCAGACACUUAAUGACUGAGCCACCCAGGGGCCCCUGGUCCUAUGUUUCUUGAUCCAAGAAUUCACCCUGCUCUUUGCUGAUGAUUUGUGUCCUUUCUCUAUGUAUAUAAUUUUCCAUAAAAGGUUGAAAAAAGUUUUAAAUGCUUUCUUGGUGCAGAAAUGGCAAAUGAGGGGUGGUGAAGAAUAAAAUGUACCCCCUUCUGGAA